CAUUUAUUGUAUAAAGAAUAAUAAUAAUAAUUGUAAGGCCCAGAAAUAGAUAAGAAGACAGAGAAGGUUAACCACUCCAUAUCUACACUCUUUUCUUACCUCACCAAACCAAAAAGAUCUCUCAAUUUCUUAUUCAACUUUCAAAGCUUCUAAACAACUCUUGAAACUCUAGAAACUUUUUCAAUGUCGGAAGAAACACGAGAACAUGAUCUCACCGACUCUAAACCUUCUCCACCGCAAACACCACCAAAACGCGGUCUCAUCAGCCGCAAAAGACAAUUGGUGUUUCUCUCCUUUAUGAUUUUACUAGCCGCAAAAGGACUCGUCGGAAUCGGAGAAAUAGCGUUUGUAAUCUUGUGUUAUAUCUACUUGUAUGAGUUUCUCUCAAGAUUUGCCUUCCCUCGCAAGCAAACAGAGCAGAAGAAGAGACUCUCAAACCCUAAAAACAAACUCUUUCAAGCUUACUUCCUCGCCACUGCAAUUAUAGGCCUACUUUUCCCUAUUUGUUACAUCGGAGAUGGAAUAUACCGGGGAGACAUUCACGGUGCUGGAGCGGCCGCACCACAUCUAUUCCUCCUCUCAGGUCAAGCUUUCACAGAACCUAUUGGUUUCUCCGACAAGUUUUCUACACCAAUAGGUAUUCUUGGACCAGUCUUCUACAACGCUCGUCGCAUUUUCGCUCUUUUGGAUUGGGUUAAAGCAGAAUUCUCCGAUACUCAACGUCCCGGUGGUCCGGUGAGAUUAUACGGAGGAAGAGUGAUUGCAUCGGUUAACACGGUGAUGUGGUUUUAUAAUCUGUUUGGUCUCUUGUUGCCUGUGUUUCUUCCUCGGUCUUGUGAGAUUUACUUCUCCGGUGAUAACAAAGAUGAUUGAAUGAUAUGUGUAUUUGUCUCAUUUAGAAUAAAAAUAUUGAGUUGUUCGUUUAGUGCUUUGUGUCUUAUGUCUAGAUCGGGUAAAAAGUUUUGUGUCUAA